CAUACAUGAAACAAGUGUACGUAAUGACUAUUGAUUAGUGAUUGUGCCAGAGUUAAAAAGGUGAAUAGAUAUGGGGAGGUUAACAUAAUACAUUAAUUGAAAUUUUAGUUCUUUGAACGUACGGAUUUUCAUCAGUCAGGUUUAGAUGGCUUGAAAAAAUGGAGAAACAUUUUAAACCAAAAUCCAAAUUCAGAUACCUUGUUCAACAAGUUGAGGAACAAUCAAUGCUGUGUGACUUCACAGUGAACGUUGGAUUAUGGACAAAACGAUUUCACCGAUGCGUGCUGGUCACUAGUCCUUAUUUUGACAGAGCAAUAAGAGCAAACUUUAUGGAAAAGCAAAAUGGUGUGGUGGAAGUGAGUGUUGGUACGUCCAAUUCAGUUGAAAUGGCCAUCAUGUAUCUAUAUGGCGUGGUGCCAGAUAUAAACGUAGACAAUGUAGAGCUUCUCCUUCAACAAGCAGAAUACUUUAUGAUUGCAGGUCUUAAAACUUACUGCAUUAAUUGGCUGUGUUCCUCUGAAAUUACAGAAGAAACACACAUGUUCGUCUAUCAACUAUCCUCGGUAUACAAUUUUGAAGUUCCAAACUGUAUGGCUUAUAUAGAAAGCCAUUUGCCCGAAGUUUUGCAAAAACAGGAGGCAUUGCAAUUUUCAAAGGAAUUAAUCAAAAGAUUUUUUACGGAUGAAAGGCUUUCCUAUGUAACAAUGGACGAAAGGUUAUCGUUUCUAAUAAAAUGGAUCAGAGAAAACUCCGAUGAGAUAAAAACAAAUAUUAUUGAACUAUUUGAAACAAUUGACAUACAAGAUGUAACAGAUUCUGUGUUGAGGGAAGCAUCUUCUGUUAAACUGGUAAACGAAAUUUUACUGUCAAAAGAUGUUGUAAUAACGCCUCAUGGAAGUGAAUGCAAACGUGAUGUACUGAUUAUGUCUGGCGAGAAAGGUUCUCUUUUGGGCCUUGAUCUUCAAAGCGACACUUGGUGUAAAUUGAUUCCGGAAAACAGCUACGAUAUCCUUCAUAGAAAUAUUUCUGGCAUUAGGAACACAACACCUGAGGUAUAUUUUACCAAAAGUGACAUUGUAUAUUUUAAUGCCGAAUGUCACUUGAUGCCCAUAUUUACGACCUUGAAUUUAGAAACUCACAACAUACACCAGUACAAGUUUGCCCUGAAAGAUGAGGACAUAUGUGACAAAACAAUUACAAAUGUAUGCCUAGCAGAUAACACUUUGCUUGUUCUCACCAGGAAAAAUGUUCAAAUUAUAGAAACACUUGCUGAUUAUAUACAUAUUGAUGCAGAGUGUCCCGGACCUUCAUCAAGUAACAUUGGUAUUGAAUCAUCACGAGCCAGAAUAAAGAUUAUUUCUGAUAAUGAAGAACCAUACUCAGCACUAUUUCGUAGCGAGGAUCAGAAUUUGACUGUCAAAGAUACGAUUUAUACCACGGUUUACAUUGGAAACGUCAAUAUUGGAGAUGUAGAAAUUGUACCAAUAUUGUCUUUGAGGAACAUUGAAAUUUCACAAGCAUGCUUAAAUAGUACAUGUUCUACAGUAGCAUUGCUCUCAAAAGAGAACAAUUCUGUUUUACUGUUUGAUUUUGUAAAUUACAAAAUGGAAACAUUUUGUUUAGAGCAGGAUACAGGAUAUACAUUGUCUUCGACAAAUAAUGGGUUUGUCAUAUAUAACAACGAUCGUUGCUAUUGUUUGACGCGUACCUACUGGUCACUCACAUCUCAAAGUUACCAGAUAAAGCUACUUGAGCUUGAAUCGAAUGGCCAAAUGAUGGACUAUCUUUUCUGUAACGGCUAUUGGAUCAGAUUUUACAACAGUUGGUACUUAUUUGAUCAAGAUAUUAGCUAUAUUCGACAUGAAGAACUUCUGGCGAGCACAUUCCCCAAAGAUUUAAGAUGGACAAAGAUAUCGAUACCAGAAGUAAAGGUCAUGAAAAAUAUCUCAUCGAGAAAUGGACUGUUUGUUGUCCAAUUAGCAAAGGAAAAGCUACGAUGUCACAUCCGAUGUCCUCAUUGUCAGCUUUCAAAAAUACAAAACUGAUAUUCGGUUCUUGAAAUAGUAGGAAUAACUAGACAAGCUGAACAGGACUUCGACUGGAUUUGAAAAUUUUGUUACAGUGCAUUAG